AUGAAGUUGCUCAUUUCCAUCCUUGUUGCUUUCAUGGGCCUUGCCAACGGACUCAGCCUUCACAAUAUCAAAGAAACUGGCAUUGCUGCUCAGAAAGAUCGUAUUCGCCGUGACCUUGAUAAUUACGACGAAGACUCUGAUGAUGAUGAUGAUGACUACGAUGUUGACAUUUUUGACAUUGCCGACUUCGACUCGCUCGAUAUGCUUCCAAUGGACGAUGAAGAUGAUGGAGAAGACGAUUCCGAUGAUGAUCUCGAUUUUGACGACUCCUACGAUGACAGCGAUGACAACGAGGAAAUCGAAGAUUACGACGUCUUUGAAGACUUCGAAGACUCCGACGAGGAAGAUGAAGUUCUCGAUGAGAAAGCCUUUGUCCUCACUUCCGAAACAUCUGAAAUAUACUUGGAGCCGUACAGUUUUGUCAGACACCCGAAGUUUAUUGAAGCAACAGGAGAUUCAGAACAACCGCAAACUUCUUUUGGAAAACUAGACUACCAGCGCCAUGGAACUAGGAAUUUACGUCCUUGGUCAAGAAAAAUCCCGCCACUUCUGACUCCGCCAGAAAAUCUCUUCAAAGAUAAUACCUGCGCUUGUGGAAAGUACGAUUAUUCAAAAAUCGUCUCGAACAAAGAAGAGCAUCUAAAAGACUUUGAAAAUUGGAAGCGUGAUAAUUACUACGAUAUUGUCAAGCCAGAAGCUAUUCUUACAAAAUCAUUUCUCCCUGUCGAAUUUGUUAGCAGCGGAUACAAAGUGGAACCAGACGAAUCCGUUUUGCUCAAAAUUCGAAUCGACGCGGAAGAUGACAUCAAGAUUUUUUGCACUUUUUCAACUCGUUAUGGCGACAUCAUUCCUUCUGACUCUUACUCAGCCCCGAUACAAUCUCGAACGAUGGAAAUGACAGUAGCUGGGUUCAACGGCGCAAUGCUCAGAUACAUUCCAAACACUUACGACGCCAGAAAACUCGAAGAUCUUGUUCAGCUGAAAAUUAGCGGAUCCGAGUUGGAUUUUGAGAUUUCCUUUCCAGUAACAAUCGAGCGGAUGAAAAUGCCAGUUCUGAACCAUCGUCCAACUUUGGACAUCGCGAAGAGAGUCACCAUUGUUACAAAAACUUUUCUCAGAUAUCCAUGUGUUGAGCGAUUAAUCAAGUCCGUCGAAAAAUUCUAUCCUGGAAUAACAAUCAUCGUCGCCGACGACAACCCAGAUAGCAAUUUCAAAACACUUAGGAGCAAAUCAAUCACGGUGAAGCAAUACAAAAUGCCAGAAGCAGAGGGUUGGUUCGCAGGCCGAGCGCUUGGAGCAUCACAAGUUCGAACGCAGUUUUAUCUUUGGGUCGAUGACGACUUUGUUUUGAACGAAGAAACAGAUCUUCAACACAUGGUCGAUGUUGCGGAAGAAAGCGGAUUCGACAUCAUUGGUGGUGCUCUGAACAAGAGAUAUCAAAGUGGUUGGGCUAGGGAAAGUCAUCUUGACCUCCGCCCAUCAGAAAAUGGCUUCUGUUUCAGCCGACAGGCUUAUAAAAAUUUCGCACUUCCGGGUUUCGAAAAUGAAUGCAAAGUCGUCGAUGUCAUUUCAAACUUCUUCCUCGCCCGAACAACUACAUCAGGCAAAAUAAGAUAUGAUCCUGAAUUCACAAACAAAGGACAUCGUGAAUUUUUCGUCGACUCGAUUGGGCACUUACGAAUCGCCUGGUGCUCGAAGUCGAUGAUUUUGCAUAAACCGAAUUGCACGCCAAGAAAUACUCAGAAUAAUUACAUGGCUGCGCGGUGGAAAUCGCUCGAACAAGGAUAUGAAACUUACCUAGAAGAACUUUGGUAUUAUCGAAGCCAUAUAAAAUGCUCAACAGAAGAUGCUUAG